GAGCCUGUAGCGCGCUCCCGUCGUCCAGCGCGGCGUGCCUAGGUCCUGGUGCCUCCAUUGCCCACAGACACAAGGCUCAGACCACCGGUGUUCAGGUCUAGCGACCACUACUCCACCCAUCAUCCUCGCACAAGCUCCACCCUCUCGUAGGCCCCUCCCCUUGAUCCAAAGCCGCCAUCUCAACUCGAUGCUUACUGCUAAGAAGUCCGAGUCCGGCGGGGGUGGUGAGAACGGCGCCGAGUCUCAGCCCCCCGCAUCCUCCUCUUCAUCCUCCUCCUCCUCAUCGUCUUCUUCUAUUAUCAUGGCCUCGCCAGAUACCGGGGUGCCCCUGGAGAGGACCCCGAGGAAGAAGGAGCGGGCCUCUCCGGGGGCAGAACAUCAUGGAGGUUCCUCAGUAGUAGGGAUCAUGGCCGGAGCAGAUGGGGGGCAGUCCGAGACCCCCGAGGGACGGCGCACGAGUCGUAGAAAGAGGGCAAAGGUAGAAUACAGGGAGAUGGAUGAAAGCCUUGCCAACCUUUCUGAAGAUGAAUAUUAUUCAGAAGAAGAGAGAAAUGCAAAAGCAGAAAGAGAGAAGAAAGUGCCACCACCCCCGCCACAAGCUCCUCCAGAGGAAGAAAUUGAUAGCGAGCCAGAAGAGCCCUCAGGUGUAGAGGGUGCAGCCUUCCAGAGCAGACUUCCACAUGACAGAAUGACUUCCCAAGAGGCAGCGUGCUUCCCUGAUAUUAUUAGUGGCCCACAACCAACUCAGAAAGUCUUCCUAUAUAUCCGGAAUCGUACACUGCAGUUGUGGUUAGACAACCCAAAAGUCCAGCUGACAUUUGAGGCGACACUUCAGCAGCUAGAAGCACCUUAUAAUAGUGACUCUGUGCUGGUUCACAGAAUACACUGCUAUCUGGAAAGACAUGGGUUAAUUAACUUUGGGAUCUACAAGAGACUGAAGCCUUUACCAACCAAGAAAACAGGAAAGGUGAUCAUUAUUGGCUCAGGAGUGUCUGGUUUGGCUGCAGCUCGCCAGUUGCAAAGUUUUGGGAUGGAUGUUACUCUCUUAGAAGCAAGGGACCGUGUUGGAGGAAGGGUCGCUACCUUCCGUAAAGGAAAUUAUGUUGCAGACUUGGGUGCAAUGGUAGUCACUGGACUUGGUGGCAAUCCAAUGGCUGUCAUCAGCAAACAAGUCAAUAUGGAACUGGCAAAAAUUAAGCAAAAAUGCCCUCUCUAUGAAGCUAAUGGACAAGCGGUACUUGUACAGAAAGUGCCAAAAGAAAAGGAUGAAAUGGUAGAACAAGAAUUUAACCGUUUAUUGGAAGCCACCUCCUACCUCAGCCAUCAGCUAGAUUUUAAUGUUCUUAACAAUAAACCUGUCUCACUAGGACAAGCUUUGGAAGUUGUUAUACAACUUCAAGAGAAACAUGUUAAAGAUGAACAAAUUGAGCAUUGGAAAAAAAUAGUGAAAACACAGGAAGAAUUAAAAGAACUAUUGAAUAAGAUGGUUAAUUUAAAAGAGAAGAUAAAAGAGCUCCACCAGCAAUAUAAAGAGGCUUCUGAUGUAAAGCCUCCGCGAGAUAUCACCGCUGAGUUCUUGGUGAAAAGCAAGCACAGAGAUCUGACCGCACUUUGCAAGGAGUACGAUCAGCUGGCAGAGGCCCAGGGGAAGCUUGAAGAGAAAUUACAAGAACUAGAAGCCAAUCCUCCUAGUGAUGUGUAUUUAUCCUCGCGGGACAGACAGAUACUUGACUGGCAUUUUGCUAAUUUAGAAUUUGCUAAUGCGACCCCGCUUUCUACACUUUCCCUGAAGCACUGGGAUCAGGAUGAUGACUUUGAGUUCACUGGCAGCCAUUUAACGGUACGGAAUGGUUAUUCCUGUGUUCCUGUGGCAUUAGCAGAAGGUCUCGAUAUCAAACUGAACACUGCUGUCCGACAAGUACGCUACACCGCUUCUGGAUGUGAAGUCAUAGCAGUGAACACGCGCUCCACUAGUCAAACGUUCAUUUACAAGUGCGAUGCUGUGCUUUGUACUCUGCCCCUGGGUGUAUUAAAACAGCAGCCGCCAGCUGUACAGUUCGUCCCUCCACUUCCAGAAUGGAAAACUUCGGCUGUUCAAAGAAUGGGUUUUGGAAAUCUCAAUAAGGUGGUGCUAUGUUUUGACAGAGUUUUUUGGGACCCCACAGUUAAUUUAUUUGGGCACGUUGGCAGCACCACUGCGAGCAGAGGGGAGCUGUUUCUUUUCUGGAAUCUGUAUAAAGCACCAAUCUUGCUGGCUUUGGUGGCAGGAGAAGCCGCAGGAAUAAUGGAAAACAUCAGCGAUGAUGUUAUAGUUGGACGUUGUUUGGCUAUUCUGAAAGGGAUAUUUGGAAGCAGUGCAGUACCUCAGCCAAAAGAGACAGUUGUAAGCAGGUGGCGUGCUGACCCAUGGGCUCGGGGAUCCUACUCUUAUGUAGCAGCUGGCUCAUCUGGCAACGACUAUGAUUUAAUGGCUCAACCCAUCACCCCAGGCCCGGCCAUUCCUGGAGCACCACAACCCAUUCCACGCUUGUUCUUUGCUGGGGAGCAUACCAUUCGGAAUUACCCUGCCACUGUUCAUGGAGCUCUUCUGAGUGGUUUGCGAGAAGCUGGACGCAUUGCUGACCAGUUCCUUGGUGUCAUGUACAAUAUACCUCGCCAGGCCACCCCUGUGGUCCCUGCAGCUCCUAUGCCAUGAAAAGCACAUUGUAUGGAUAAACUUGAAGAAAAAAAAUGGAUAUACAGUUUUACAGUACUGAACUUCAUAUUUCUGGCUGAGCAUUUGCAUACCAGAGUGACUAUCAUAGUAUUCCAUGGAUUUGUUUCUUCCACCUUUUUUCUAGCAAGACAUUAAAUCCGGGUGUUAAGCUGUUGUUGAGUAGAUCGUAAUCGCUAUUCUCUAGCACUACUAGCUACGUUUUUUUCGUCAUGAAUUUUGCCUCAAUGUGUUUAAAUAAAAAAAAUUAUAUUGGCAUUAAUUAUAUUUUUAUUUCAGUUUGUUUUUUUUUUUGUAUUAAAUCUUUGCUAUUAAAGUUAUGUCUCGUCAAGUAUUUUUUUACAUUAAACAACUUUUAAAAGUU